UCCACCACUCAUCUUCACUCCCCUGGGUGCUGUGUUUGCGCAGGCGUGGUAUGAACUUAUGGGCCGCCAUUUUGUGUUGGGCCCACUGUUCUAAAGAGGGAGAAAGUUAUUAGCCAACGCACGGCAUAAUCGGUCAUUGGCGACGGGAUUGAGGAGGCCAACCGCAGGUGCUGAGCUUCAAAUUGAACAUAACAGGAAAAAGAAGCAUUUCGGAAGUCUUGGUUGGCGUGUUGCCAUGGAGGGCGAAGUUGUCUCCAUGGAGGCUGCUCAGGCUGCCACCCUUGCCCCCAGUGGAAAGGUCCUGCCAGAGGGCGGAGAGGCCUUGAUACAAGGGGCGACCAUAGCGCCACAGAGGGAGGUCGCUGGUAACAUGGAGGUGAUGGUGAUGGACGCUCUCGAUCCAACUCUGCUACAAAUGAAAACAGAGGUGCUGGAGGGAGCUGGAACAGUGACCGUUACUGGUGGAGAUGAUGGUCAGAUCAUCACACUCCAGGUGGUGAAUAUGGAAGAGCAGGCAGGUGCUGCAUUAGGCCUAGGUCAGCUUCAGCUGGUACAAGUACCAGUCACAACAGAAACUGUAGAGGGACUCCAGGCCACCUAUGUUGAUGCAUCAACAGCUAACAAGGAUUCAGAGCCGGUUAUUUGUCAUACUCUUCCCUUACCUGAGGGCUUCCAAGUAGUAAAAGUGGGUGCCAAUGGUGAAGUGGAGACUGUAGAGCAAGAGGAGCUCCAGGCAGCCCAUGAGGAGCUUCAAGCAACGAGGGGAGAGGAGGAGGAUGAGGAGGAGGAGGAAGAGGUGGCAGAGGUAGAACCCCCUGAGCCUCAGCAUGAUGACACAGAAUGGUCCAAGGAUCCAGACUACCAGCCGAUCACCACUGUACGUAAAGGAAAAAGGGGAAAGAAGAGCCGCCUGCGGUAUGCAGAUGGCGAUCGUGACAUGGAUGUUUCUGUGUACGACUUUGAAGAAGAGCAGCAGGAGGGGCUACUGUCUGAGGUUAAUGCUGAGAAGGUUGUGGGCAACAUGAAGCCACCAAAGCCCACCAAGAUCAAGAAGAAAGGUGUAAAGAAGACUUUCCAGUGUGAGCUGUGUAGCUACACCUGCCCAAGGCGCUCCAACCUGGACCGACACAUGAAGAGCCACACUGAUGAGCGACCACACAAGUGUCACUUGUGUGGAAGAGCCUUCAGGACAGUCACACUGUUGAGAAACCACCUCAAUACACACACAGGAACUCGGCCACAUAAAUGCACAGAUUGUGACAUGGCAUUUGUGACCAGCGGUGAGCUGGUGCGCCAUCGUCGGUACAAACACACACAUGAGAAGCCCUUCAAGUGCUCAAUGUGUGAUUAUUCCAGUGUGGAGGUGAGCAAGUUGAAAAGGCAUAUCCGCUCUCAUACAGGGGAGCGACCCUUCCAGUGCAGUCUGUGCAGCUACGCCAGCAGAGACACUUACAAGCUGAAGAGACACAUGAGGACACAUUCAGGUGAGAAGCCAUAUGAGUGCUACAUCUGCCAUGCUCGUUUCACACAGAGCGGCACCAUGAAGAUGCACAUUCUGCAGAAACAUACUGAGAAUGUGGCUAAGUUCCACUGCCCACAUUGUGAUACUGUCAUUGCGCGCAAGAGUGACCUUGGUGUUCAUUUGCGGAAGCAGCACUCAUUUAUUGAAACAGGGAAGAGGUGUCGUUACUGUGAUGCUGUGUUUCAUGAGCGCUAUGCUCUCAUCCAACACCAGAAGACUCACAAGAAUGAGAAACGUUUCAAAUGUGACCAGUGCGACUACUGCUGCAGACAGGAGCGCCACAUGAUAAUGCACAAGCGUACACACACAGGGGAGAAGCCAUUUGGCUGCAGCCAGUGUGAGAAAACAUUCCGGCAGAAGCAGCUUCUGGACAUGCACUUCAAGCGCUACCAUGAUCCCAACUUUGUCCCCACUGCCUUCAUCUGCGACAAGUGUAACAAGACCUUUACCCGCAGGAAUACCAUGCUGCGUCAUGCUGAUAACUGCUCAGGUGAAGUUGCUGGAGAAGAAAAUGGAAGUCCGAAAAAGGGCCGUCGUGGCAGGAAGAGGAAGAUGCAGGCAAGAAGGGAUGAUGAUGACGACGAUGACACCGAGGCUGAUCUGGAUGAGGUGGAGGAAGAAGAGGAGCUGCUAACUGACAUUGAGGUGGAACAGGCCCCACCAGUCAUCCCUAUCCCAGCCCCUGUGGAGCCACCAGUCAAGAGGAAACGUGGACGUCCCCCAAAGAACAAACCAGAUGCAGCAGCUAUCAUCUGUGUUGAGGAUGAGGCUACUGGAGAGGUGGAUGACAUAAUUGUGAAAAAAGAGGUUGGAGCCGAACAAGACGACCAUGAGGUGGUGGUGGUGGUCGGCGCAGGGAAGUCAACCAUUCAGACGGAGGAGCUGUCCCAGGACGAGGGAACAGUGCAGGAGGUACAGAUCUCUGGGCCCCCACCUAAUGGAGACCUGACCCCUGAGAUGAUCCUCAGCAUGAUGGACCGGUGAUGGAUGUGAGGGUCAACCCUGUAAACACACCCAGACCCUUGAUCACAUCUUCAUUUUUAAUUCUUGGCAUUUAGGAUUACGAAUACUUGCGUCCUGCACAGAAACAAACAUCACUGUUGUAAUUUAAGAAUUGACUUUUAAUCAUGGAGUAAAGACUUGGAUGAGUUAAAAAGAUUUUUAAUAAGGAUUUACCUACCAGUAAAAUUAAUUUCAGUACAUUUGAGUUCCAGGUGGCUGUCGUUUUUUUUUUUUUUAUUCUUUUCUUUAAUUGUUGCCAUUGGUGUUUAGAAGCUCUAUUAUGUGGCAGAAAAUGGUUCUCUCUGUUAAUCACAAAAUCUCUUCUAGUUACAUAAUGACUUUUUCCUAAAUCUAGACUGUGCAUGUUAUAUUAGAAAACAUUUCCUUUAUUUUGGGGCCCUUUUGAUUUAUUUGUUGUAGUCUUGUUACUAAGUUAUACACCUGUGUGCCACUGGGUUAAAGUUUUAAGUAGAUAGUAGUGCAGCCAUAAUGUGGACCUGGCUUUACUGUUUUUUCUUUUUUUGACCAUAAUUCAGUAUCCUCAGUGAAGACCCCUAUGGUACCUCUGACAGAAAAUUCGUACCCCUGAAAGUUGUAAAAUUGUAGAAAGGAGGAGGCAACAUUCACAAAGAUAAUACUGCCAUUAAUCACAGCCACUUCAAAUAAGAGAAUCAGAAAGAAUAAGAAAAUCUACUCAAUAUUUUGUUUUGGUUUCUUUUUCUGUCAUCAGUAAAUACUUUUUUUUUAAAGCCUACUCUGAUUUUUAAAAGCUUAGUCUGCUUAUCUAUGUUGCUACUGUUAACACCCAUAGAUGAUGUAUAUGUACUAAACAUUGUCACUGAUAUGUCAGAGAAAGGAUGUUGCUUUACUCCUGUGUGUAGCCAUUCCACGUUGGGUUGAUGUUUUCCUUUUGUACCUUAGUCAAUGCAAUGCUACGUAGCAGCUUGAAUGACAUUUUAACUGUGUGGCUGAGGAGAACAGAUGUAUGACUGUACAACCAAUAAAAUAGUAGAUGCUGAGAAGAGUGACUUUUCAGGUUUCUGCAGCACUGAUAAUUUCAGUCAUGGAUAUAAAGAACUGGUGUGGUUUGGCUGAGCAGUGAACAUGCUAGUGGUAAAGUUAAAGCAAAAAGAAAGUAAGUUUAUCAAAAAAAAAAGUAAGCAACAACUGAGUGCUAACAGAAAUGUCAGUGUAUUUGCCUGCAAGUAUAUUUUAUUAAAUUGAGGACUUCAUAUUAAAGAACUUGACUCAUU